AUGGAUGCCGUUGAUGACAACCACCAGGCGCCGCAUCUAGCCGACUUCGCCGGCAACAAUGAGGCGGACCGAGAACAGAUCGAUGCCGCAGCAAUUGUGAAUGAUGCAAAAAUCGCAACAACUGGUGCUGGUGUGUGGGAACGUCAGCUCUUUCGGUUUCAUCCAUACCAUGGCUCCAACAUACGCUUAGAUGACGAUGCAACAGUCGCCUUUCGACGCACUAGCUUCGCCGAUGCUCUCACCUUCUCCGAGCGACCGCUGGCGCCCGGCGAAAUAUUUCUGGUGGAGAUUGAAAAAAUCGAACGGGGAUGGUCGGGACACAUGCGACUGGGCCUGACGGAGCUGACACCAAACGUAAUUGGCAUGCGGAGCGAAGGAUUGCCGCACUUUGCGUUGCCUGACUUGGCCAAUUUAGGAAACAGCUGGAUAUAUCCGAUCUCAAAAUUUGAAAUGAAUCAACGUCAAGAGCAAGCCGGCGAAAAUGUCGAUUUUAUAGCCAAUGAGCCGCCCCAACGUAAUCUACUUGGUGAUGCAACGCAUGUGCGUACGCCGCGUGGCUUACUGCCCAAGAGACUGUUGCGUCCAUCGAUGGACAAUGGAAACUCGGAUAUACUGCUCACAGACAGAGGCUCGCGCAUUGGCAUCAUGUAUGUGCCCACAGAGACCGAUGCAUCCAAAGGCGAAUUACACUUCAUUAUUAAUGGCGUGGACAAGGGCCCAGUGUCAAAGGAAAUACCAUUAAAUAGGUCACCUUUGUACGUUGUUAUUGAUGUUUAUGGCACGACAAAGCAAAUACGCAUCAUACAACUGGAAGGCAUACUGUCCUUGCAGAGUGCUUGUCGCAAUGUUAUACUGGAGCACAUCGCAACCGGCUCCAUUGCGCGGCUGCCACUGCCCGAGAGCAUUAAGCGCUUCUUAUUGCGUCGAGAUUAGGAACUGAGACAAAGCGCACACACUCACACAUAAAAAGAAAAGGAAGCAAAACACACACUUUAUGUAAUAGAGUGUGUGCUGUUGCUCUGUACUGUUGUGCAUCAGCGUGCGUCGUGAUAGCCUGUUUACCCAUUUAUAUAUAUUUUAUACGCAUAUUGUAGACAGUUGAAGUUGAAGCUGUCGUUCAUUGACAUUUCAUUCCUCACAUGCGCCGUUGGCGCUCUCGACGUUACUUGCCCGCCCCCCUCAAAAAAAAGGCGGCUCUUGAUCGGAGAGGCAAAAUAGUUACUGUCAUAGUCUGUCAUCAUCUCCAUCUCUAGUUGCAUCUCGUCGACGGCGUCGAUGGUGGAUGUGUCAAGAAAUUUGUAUUUUCAUUCUGUAGAUAUAUCUUAUAAUAUUUUGGUUACGUGAUACCAGUUCUUUAUAUUUAUAUUUUAUAUACGUAGAUUAUGUUUAAAAGCA